UUUAUUUACUUUUGUACUUCACUAAUAAGUCUUGGCAUUCUCGGUCCUUUUUGUAAUAAUAGAACUGAAUUUCAAAGAAUUAAAUUUUAUGACAAACUAAAACUAAUACAAGACACUGCCAAAUAAUCAAAUUAUACUCAUACCCAUAAAAUAAAUUUUAUACUUGUCUAAUAGAAGGAUACAACUGAUCCUUGAUUGAUUGAGGCUGUACAAUGAAUUAUGAAUAAAAUUUGACAACAACUUAAUUCAUCAACAUGGUUUUCCAAACUUUAGCACUCAUGACUAGAGCUAGAGGCCCUGAUGAAUUCUGGCGGAAAAGAAGAAUAUUUCGAUUGAGUUCUCAUUUCAGAGGACGAUUCAGAAAUUGUUACAGUAUGGCUAUUCGAGCUGUACACAGAUCUCUGCAAUUUGCGACCAAAGGCAGAGAUGCAAAGUACGACAUAAUAAGACAGAUUUGGAUGAAUAGAAUUGAUUCUGCAGCAAUGGAACAUGGCCUUACUUACAAAGGUGUAAAAGAAGGUUUGACACGAUCUGAAAUUCAUUUAAAUCAUAAAAGUCUAGCUGAUUUAGCUGUUUGGGAGCCCAGAACUUUUAAAUCUCUUGUCAACAUAGCUCAUGAGAGGGUCAAACAGGACGGGCUCAGGAUGAUGGGUUAUUUAAAAGCACCUGCGCUUGUUUUAAGCAAAGGAAAAUGAAAUGAAUUGUACAUUAGCUUAUAGUUUGUUGAAGCAAUGAAUGCUAUCAAUGCUCUUGUUCAUUACUUGUACGAUAGUUUCAUCAUUUAAAUAUAAGAUAAACUUUGUUAUUUAUUGAA